GUCUUGAGGUGCGUAGAAACGAAUAAUAAACCAUUUUUUUUUUUUUUUUUUGAUUUCACAACAGAAAAACAGAACACUGCAACAACAACAAUAACAGGAUUUUUCACAAAUUGUUGUUGUUUUCGUUAUCCCUUGUCUCUCUCCCUCUUUUCUCUGAGUCAAAUGAGAUUUGUUUCUCUCGUAAACACAUCACAUAACAACACAACACAACACCCUUACCGAAACAUUCUUCCUUUUCUUUUUCACUCUUCAAACCUCGUAACUCACGCUUUCAGUAAUGGAAACUUGUGAUACACCUCUUCGAUUUGUGAAAUGAAAUUGAUUCAUUGAACGUGGGAAACGAAUUUUCAAACCCAUCCUUCAAGCUAUCACCGCUUCCAAAACUCUGUUUAUUUAUUUAUUUAACAUUAUAUUUUUAUCUGCUGUACCAGUUUUUUUUUUGGUGGGGUUAACCAGUGUUUCCGACCUCAAAUCUCAAAAGGGUGUCUUCAAUUUCGCGGCUUUUGGAAAUGCAGUGGUGGAACUCGAAGUGGGGGUGGUGAAUUCUGAAUUGGGCACGUGAAUUUGAGGGAAAAGUUCUGAGAUUUCUGUGUUUUUUUUUUUUUUUUGACAUUGUUGGGGUGGAGGAACCAACAAUAUGAUGCUAUCAGCUUCGCCAUGUUCGUUGGUGAGGAGCUCGCUGGAGGAGAUGCUUGAUUCGCUUCGCAUGAGGGAUGAAGAAGAAGAGAAGAAAAAGGACUUGCCGCCGGCAUUGCCAGUUCGGCCGGCAUCCCGGGCCCGGCUUCCUCCGGCGAGGCGGUCGUUGCCGAAUAACUUCAAGGUUGGCGGCGGCGACCGCGUCUCGGUGGAGAGUGGAUUUGAUGCCAAGGAAGAGAAUAAGAGGAAGGAAAAUGUUGAGGGACUCACGAGAACAAGAAGUAGUUUUGGGAUCAAGAGGAUGAGGAAGGAUUUGGAAUCCCCUUACAUGGCCACAUCAGAAGAGAACUUGCCUCUUUCAGCAUCUACAGCUUCUGUAGCUUCCUCAGAAAUGAUGUGGGAAUUGGAGGGUGACAGCAUUUCUUAUUUCAUCAGAAAGAAGCUUCGUGUUUGGAGUAGGCAACCAAGAGGGAAGUGGGAACUAGGAAGGAUACAAUCAACUUCUGGAGAGGAAGCAUCUGUUUCACUCUCAAAUGGAAAUGUUAUGAAGGUGGCCAGAUCAGAGCUCCUACCAGCUAAUCCUGAUGUUUUGGAGGGUGUGGAUGAUCUAAUUAAGCUCAGUUAUUUGAAUGAGCCAUCGGUUCUUCACAAUCUGAAGUUUAGAUAUUCUCAGGAGAUGAUUUAUAGUAAAGCAGGGCCCAUUUUAAUUGCACUCAAUCCGUUCAAAGAUCUCCAGAUUUAUGGAAAUGAUUAUGUCUCAGCUUAUAGGCAGAGAUUUAUUGAUAGUCCUCAUGUUUAUGCUAUGGCAGAUGCGGCUUAUAACAAGAUGAUAAGAGAUGAAGAAAAUCAGUCCAUUAUUAUAAGUGGUGAGAGUGGAUCUGGGAAGACAGAGACAGCAAAAAUUGCUAUGCAAUACUUAGCUGCUCUUGGUGGUGGAAGUUGUGGGAUAGAAAAUGAAGUUCUUCAGACAAAUUGUAUACUGGAAGCUUUUGGGAAUGCAAAAACAUCUACGAAUCAUAGCUCUAGCAGAUUUGGAAAGUUGAUUGAAAUUCAUUUCAGCGCCUUGGGCAAAAUAUGUGGUGCUAAAAUUCAAUCCUUUCUAUUGGAAAAGUCAAGAGUUGCUCAACUGGCCAGUGGUGAGAGGUCGUAUCACAUAUUUUAUCAACUUUGUGCUGGAUCUUCAUCUGAUCUUAAAGAGAGACUGAACCUUAGAACAACCAGUGAAUAUAAAUAUCUAAAUCAGAGCGGCUGCCUGACAAUUGAUGGGGUUGACGAUGCUAAAAAUUUUCAACAGCUGACGAAAGCAUUGGAUACUGUUCGAAUUUGCAAAGAGGAUCAAGAGCUGAUCUUUAAGAUGCUUGCUGCAAUACUAUGGCUGGGAAAUAUAUCAUUCCAAGUCACUGACUGUGAAAAUCACAUUGAGGUUGUAGAUGAUGAAGCUGUAACCAGUGCUUCGCAGCUGAUGGGUUGCAGUUCCCAGGAACUAUUGGCAGCAUUAACUACCCAUAAAAUCCAAUCUGACAAGGAUAUUAUUGCCAAAAGGUUGACAUUGAGGCAGGCGAUUGAUACAAGAGAUGCAAUUGCAAAAGUUAUCUAUGUAUGCUUGUUUGACUGGCUUGUAGAACAAGUUAACAAGUCACUUGAAGUGGGUAAAAAAUGUAUUGGGAAAUCUAUAAGUAUCCUUGAUAUAUAUGGGUUUGAGUCAUUCCAGAAAAACAGCUUUGAGCAGUUUUGUAUAAAUUAUGCCAAUGAGAGGCUUCAACAACAUUUUAUUCGGCAUCUGUUUAAACUUGAGCAGGAGGAUUAUGAAUCAGAUGGCAUAGAUUGGACUAAAGUAGAUUUUGAUGACAAUCAAGAAUGCUUGGAUCUAUUUGAGAAGAAUCCUCAUGGUCUACUCUCUUUGUUGGAUGUGGAAUCUAAUUUUCCCAAGGCUUCUGACUUAACAUUUGCCAACAAAAUUAAGAAUCACCUGAACGCUAAUCCUUGUUUCAAAGGGGAAAGUGGCAGAGCUUUCAGUGUUCGUCACUAUGCAGGGGAGGUUUUGUAUGAUACAAAUGGCUUUCUAGAAAAGAACAGAGACGCGCUGUUUUCUGAUUCCAUUCAACUCCUAUCAUCAUGUAAUUGUGAACUGCUGCAGUUGUUCUCCAAAAUGUUUAACCAGUCUCCGAAGCUAUCAAAUUCCCUCCACAUUGGCACACUGGACUCACAGAAGCAGGGUGUUGGAACAAAGUUCAAGGGUCAAUUAUUCAAGUUGAUGCAUCAGUUGGAGAGCACCACACCUCACUUUAUUCGCUGCAUAAAGCCAAAUACUAAGCAGCUUCCUGGCAUUUAUGAUGAAGACCUUGUCCUACAACAGCUAAGGUGUUGUGGAAUUCUAGAAGUUGUUAGAAUUUCAAGGGCUGGAUAUCCUACUCGAAUGACUCAUCAAAAGUUUGCUAGAAGGUAUGGGUUUCUGCUUUCUGAGGCCAAUGUACCUCAAGAUCCAUUGAGCAUCUCAGUUGCUGUUAUGCAAAAAUUUAAUAUCCCUUCUGAAAUGUACCAAGUUGGCUACACCAAACUAUAUCUUCGAGUGGGGCAGAUUGGUGCACUGGAGGACAAGAGAAAACAGGUUUUGCUGGGAAUACUUAGGAUUCAAAAAUGCUUCCGUGGUCAUCAAGCUCGCAGUUACUUCAGUGAACUUAAGAAUGAAGUGGCAACAUUACAAUCAUUUAUUCGUGGAGAAAUUACGAGAAGGAAAUAUGGUGUUAUGAUGAAGUCUUCUAUAACCAUUUAUUCUAAAAAACUUGAGGAGAUCCAUGCAAUCAUACUACUGCAAUCUGUAAUUCGUGGCUGGCUGGAUCGAAGAUAUGCUAGUCACAUGAAUAAGUUAAAGAAAUAUCCUGAAAAUGCAAAACCUAGGCGAAAGUCACUUGUGAAGAUGCCAGAAUUGAAGCAGGUUUUGUCCAAAGAGUCAACUCAGAAUCUGCCUUCAGCUUUAGCAGAAUUCCAAAGGCGGCUUGACAAGGCUAAAGCAAUUGUGGAGCAAAAGGAAGAGGAAAAUAGUGAAUUGAGGGAAAAACUAAAACAAUCUGAGAGAAAGAGGGUUGAGUAUGAGGCAAAGAUGAAAUCAAUGGAGGAGGCAUGGCAAAAACAGGUCGCAUCUUUGCAAGUGAGUCUUGUUGCUGCUAAAAAGAGCCUUGCUUCUGAGGAUACAGCUAUUCAACCUGUAAUGCCUGUAAUGCGUGAUCUACUGUCGCGUGAACUGGUGUCACCUCGGUACUACGAUUCUGAAGAUGCUACUUCUAUGGGAUCUCGAACUCCCGGUGGGAGCACACCUUUAAAGAUUUCUGGUAGUCUCUCUGUCUCUUAUGCAGGGAGACAGUCUAACGGUGCUUUGACUACAGUCAGCAAUCUGAUGAAGGAAUUUGAGCAGCGAAGACUGAACUUUGAUGAUGAAGUAAAAGCUCUGAAUGAGGUUAAACCAGGGCAGUCUGCGAACGUGAAUUACGUUGAAGAAAUUCGGAAUCUUAAACAUAGAUUUGAGGGAUGGAAGAAACAAUACAAGGUUAGAUUACGUGAGACAAAAGCAAAGCUUCAAAAAUUAGGGAAUUCAGAAAUGGAAAAAAGUCGGAGGACAUGGUGGGGGAAAUUAAGAGCAUAAUAGCAUUCAGUUUUCAAGCACACUCUCUUUGCUGAAGUAUAGAAAUGCUGAAAGAUUCAGCAAAAAAGGCUUAAUGAUUGUUUGUUAUAAAUUCUGUCCUUUUGAGGAGUUGCUUCUUCUGUAUCUUGCUGGGGAAAAUAUUUUCGGUACUCUUGUCCUACUGAGUACUCCGUACAUCAUUUAUUAAAUAUGACAAAAAGUAAUACUUUUACUCUACCCUCACCUUUAUAGUUAUUUCCACCUAUAUCCUUUAUUUUUCCUUUUUUGGCAAAGAUGUAUGUACUCCCGAAUCAGCUCCUUGCUGGGACAGUUGAUAAAAUUGUUACCAUUGUACUAGUUGGUGAAGGGAAACAUUGUUACAUGAUGGAAGUGUUAUAGGCUGUGCAUAGUUGUAGUAGGCUCGCUUAAUUGUAUUGAUUACUCUAGUUUGCUUGUGUAUAUUCUUUUUACUUCUUUUUUUCUUUUUUU